CGAGAGGGAGGGAGAAUGUUGCAAUCGGUCGCCAGUCAUCGUCAGCCUGUUCAGAGUGAGAGUGAAAGCGUGUGGACUGUGUAAUAAUUCAGCAGGAUUACAGCAGCCUAGCAUCAUAGUGUGUCUUUGCUCUCGGGACACACACAUCACACUCUCUUACUCAGUCGCUCACCUUCAAACCAAGAGGAAACACACAGAAGACAAGGGCAACAUUUUAUCAGUCUCAUGGAGAAAGGACAGAGAUAUUUCUGAGGACGUCGAGAGUUUUAACGAUUUCCUUCCAUCAUUUGGCAUUUCAAGAACAAGUUACUAUUUCAUUUCCCCUGCCCAGGAAUUACAAAGAAUAUUUUCCUUUUGCUGCUUCUUGAAUUGAGACUUCACUCCGAGAGCUCAGAAUGUUACUGGAUGGUGGGAGGUAAACGUUACCCAGGAUCGUCGGGGGCUCAGAGACCACACGUGGGGAAUUACUGACAGGGGGAGAGCAUCUGCGAAUUUCCACUUUCACAUCCGAGAGGGAGAGAGAGAGAGACUGUCGUCUCAGGUUCUCGGAGAUUCCUGCGUUACUGGGAAUACCUCGUCGAAACUGCUUCGAGCGAAUCUCCCACCACCCCCCCUUCCUCCUAACGAAACAAAACCUUUAAUCCUUAUGAGUGUGAACGCCCAGAGAUCGCUGCUGUCGCUCCCGCCCAGGUUGAAGAGGUUAGACUUCGAUGACGCUGACAACCCCGAUCUCCCCAAAUCUAAGCGAGCCCGUGUGAGCCAGCUCUCUAUACCAGCCUUAUCUCCAUGCCUUGGCUCGCCAUCCCCAACACCCUCCUCUUCCGAUGACAACACCGUGUCCCGCAUUGGACCUUAUCUCCUGCUGAAUCCCACUGAGGCGAAUAACUGUUACCGAGCCAUCCACACUCACACAGAGCAGGAAUACAUCUGCAAGGUGUUUGCGAUGAAACGCUACAGCGAGGUGAUUGCACCCUACGCCCGCCUGCCACCUCACCCUCACGUGGGUCAGAUGGCUGAGGUGAUCGCAGGAGACCGCAAGGCCUACGUCCUUUUCCAGCGUGGCUAUGGCGACAUGCACUCAUACGUGCGGACGUGCAAGAGACUGCGUGAGGAGGAGGCUGCUACCCUCUUCAGGCAAAUGGCAGAGGCAGUGGCACACUGUCACCAACAUGGAAUUGUGCUCCGGGACCUCAAACUGAGGAAGUUCAUCUUCGCCAACAGACAGAGGAACAAAUUGAGACUUGAAAACUUGGAUGACGCCUGUGUCCUGAAGGGAGAGGAUGAUUCCUUGAUGGACAAACACGGUUGUCCUGCUUAUGUAGGGCCAGAGAUACUUAACACCAAGCAGUCAUACUCAGGGAGAGCUGCUGACGUCUGGAGUCUGGGAGUGGUCCUUUACACCAUGCUGGUGGGCCGCUACCCUUUCCAGGACAUGGAACCCGCCGCACUCUUCAGUAAGAUUCGGCGAGGUCUCUACACUGUCCCGGACCACAUCUCCCCCAAAGCCAAGUGCCUGAUCCAGUGCAUCUUGCGACGGAAUCCUGCGGAGAGGUUGACGGCUAGUGAGAUCUUGGAUCAUCCUUGGUUCAGUUCCAAUUUCAACAUGACCUUCAACAGCAGCUCGGGCCCAUCGACUGACCAGCUAGUCCCUGACGGCUACACGGAGGAUGCAGAUUUGUAGAUUUCAUUUUUUGUCAAAAAACCGUUUAUAAAAAAAAGAGGAAAAGUAUUUUGAAACACUGACGGUCACGUUGUGCCUUCUCUGUGAAUUGGACAAUGGGCUUUGACCUUCCACAUCCUUCCCUGUUGGAGUGGUUUUUGAGGUGAAAGAGCUUGGAGGGUUGGGGGGAAGGAGGUGAGGGCUGGGUGCGGAUCGUCCCCAGGAUUUUCCAGCCGGAAGAUGGUGCCCCAUGCAUCAAGGGAGGGGGAGGGUGGCGUAAGCAUGGGGUGAUGGACACCACUGAUUGGUCAGUGUUUACGGCAGCAUGUCAUAGCAGUGGGUCUUUGAACAAGUGGGCUGCUUGAUCCAGUUUGAGGGCCUCCGUGCCCCUCCCCUGACAGACAGCUUCCAAACCUUUCGGAAGUGCAUUUCCCUCCCCACCCCAAGCUGCGGUAGAAAAUGAAAACAAACCUCUGGCCGACCUGUUUGCAGCUAGAGGUUGCCGAUAGCAAUAAGUACACAACCAGGAUUACCUCAGGACUGAGAGACUAUGAUAGAGGUGCGCUGUGUUGAGGGAGGGGGCAUAGAGAGUUAUGGUAGCUUGGUCGACGAAUGAAACCCGGAAACCUCUGAUCUACCAUUCCACUGUCUGUCUAGUGAAGGGCUUGUAGCAGUGAUGCUGUACAGAGAGCUUAUGUCCAGUUUCCUGUGACCUCUCCUUCAACUGGGGACCAAAGGUGUUACUCAUUGUUGGGUAUGGGACGAGGGCUGUCACCCGCUCGGCAUGAACCUUGUGACGAUCGGGCAGCGUGGGGUAACCCACCAGCCCAGUGUUACCUCUGUACAGUAACACUCAGCCUUCCCUGGUGAUGCUGGAGGAGCGUGAGAAUGGGGCAGACUGUCCCACUUGAACUGACAGCUCCUGGCCGAGUCCCUUCAUUGUACAAAAGCUGAAGGAUUGCUCUUCCUCUCCCUCCUCGAUAGUGCUUUCAAGAAAUGCUAAGGAUCAGCAGCAAGUACAGACGGAAGAUGUUUCCUGUGUUUUCACUUUCAUCUGAUUUCCCCCUCCCUCGCCCACCCUCCUUCACAACCUCCCCCCCUCCCCCAGACAUAGUAUUGAUGUAGAAAUGACUGUUGCCGUGUUGAGCAGUGUGAGCCCUCACUCUUGACCAGAUGUUGUUGUUGUAAGGACCUUACGUGCAUCACUCGAUACUUGACAAUGUUUAAUCCCUCUUCAGUGUUUACAGAGAGGAAAUAAAUGGGUUUCAUGGAUCCUGACUGACUUGAAGCAUGGGAUGACGUGAAAUUACCAGAUACUUUGGCACUGGAAGGAUUAAUCAGCAAAUUCAGCCCUGCCUUUUGCCAAAAUAAAGUGUCUGUAUAUUUGUUUGUCCCAAAAUCUCGGUGUACGUUUUUACCUUGACAGUGUUAGACUGCACCCUUUAAAAAUGUUAGAGAAAAACCCUCUUGUGUUUGCAGGCACAUGUCUGUCUCUAGGUGGCAGCAUUGAGACAAUACAGUUAGUGCUUUGUAUGACCCGUCUUGUCUUACAUGUGGCCUACUCUCUGCUAAAUGUCAGACGUGCUGUUAAGGGAUCAAUGCAUUCAUUUGAAGGGGGCCAAAUUAAAUGGAGACUGUUCUUAUUGGGAUGAAGCUUUGGCCGGGAUUGGGAGCAUCACUGGCCAUGCCAGCAUUUACUUAAUUGGCCUGACCAUUUUUCCAGUAAAGACUGGCAAACUCCACAGCCAUCAGUUGUGGUGCCUUCAGUAGGUGAGCAAACCCUGUUUCCCACCGACCCUGUAUCGCAACUUGGCAGAAAUUCACCAGAGGAACAGGACUGGCUGAGUUAUCACUCUCAUCUGUAGCAGGUGCAGUUCCUCGUGUUGUAUUAUACAGGACUGUAUGAUGCAGUCAUGACAAGUUGAUGUAAAUAUAUUUGAUAACAUGCAGCAAUGCCAACACUACAUUUGAGUUAUUGUGUGUAUGUACUGGUUGUAUAUUUGUUGAUUUUCAAUUAAAAACAAUUGUAUUUUU